AUGGGAAUUCGAGCGUUUAAAUCCCUAAGUAUCCCACCAGAAAGUCAGUGUUUAGUACCCAUAAGAACUGAAACAACUGAUGAUACCCAAAUAUUUUCUGUGAAUAUUCUCGACAAAAGACUUGUAGAUCAAGACUUUUGUUUAAUCCCGACAGUAAUUCAGCCGAAAAACAAUCUCUCAAUAAUUCCCCUUAUAAAUCCGACUCAAGAACCCAAGAUUAUCUACCAAAACAUGAAAAUAGCAUUUGCCACUGAAUUAGCCCUAUUUCAAACCUUUUAUAAUUCCCCUCCCUCGAAUAAUUACUCCCACCAGCAUAAGGUCGAAACAAUAAUUACCCAGGGUAGUUAUUAAAAUAUCCGGAAUUAAUAUAUACCUUUUUAUUUAAUAAAAAAAUAUAAUUUUAUAUAUUUUUAAUAUUUUAAUUCACACAAUAGACGGGUUUUUAUUUUGGCAGUUUAACGGGAAAUAAUUAAUUGCCCGAGAGGGAAAAGAAGAUUUUAAAAUUAUAUUUAGUAGAUAUCGAACAACACACACAAACAAAUGUCGGUAAU